UAAAUCCAAAGACAUUUGUUUAUGUGAAACAAGCAGGUUGCAUAUCCAGUGACGUUUAUACAGACCACACAAACUAUUUACUCUUUUCUUUGUAAGGAAAGUUUCAAGUUCUGGUCUCAUCCAAUAUGAGUGACACACCUUCUACUAGUUUCUCCAUGAUUCAUCUGACUUCUUCUGAAGGUCAAGUUCCUUCCCCUCGCCAUUCAAAUAUCGCUCAUCCUGUAGUGGCUAAACGCAUCAGUUUCUAUAAGAGUGGAGACCCACAGUUUGGUGGCGUUCGGGUGGUGGUCAACCCUCGUUCCUUUAAGACUUUUGACGCUCUGCUGGACAGUUUAUCCAGGAAGGUACCCCUGCCCUUUGGAGUAAGGAAUAUCAGCACGCCCCGUGGACGACACAGCAUCACAAGGCUGGAGGAGCUAGAGGAUGGCGAGUCUUAUGUGUGCUCCCACAAUAAGAAGGUGCUGCCAGUUGACCUGGACAAGGCCCGCCGGCGCCCUCGGCCCUGGCUCAGUAGUCGCUCCAUAAGCACGCAUGUGCAGCUCUGUCCUGCAACUGCCAAUAUGUCCACCAUGGCACCUGGCAUGCUCCGUGCCCCAAGGAGGCUCGUGGUCUUCCGGAAUGGUGACCCGAAGAAUAAGCAUGUGGUCCUUGUUAGCCGGAGAAUCACUCAGAGCUUUGAAGCCUUUCUGCAGUACCUGACACAGGUUAUGAAGUGUCCUGUGGCCAAGCUGUAUGCCACAGAUGGAAGGAAAGUUCCUAGUCUCCAGGCAGUGAUACUCAGCUCUGGAGCUGUGGUGGCAGCUGGAAGGGAGCCAUUUAAACCAGGAAAUUAUGACAUACAAAAAUACCUGCUUCCUGCCAAGUUACCAGGAAUCUCUCAUCGUGUGCACCGGAAGGGAAAAGCCAAGAUAGAAAAAAGAAAGAUGAGCACACAUAUGCCUUCAGACCCAAGACCCCAGACUGACUCCCUGAUCUCAGAGAAAACAUAUGAUUGCUUUUCAGAUUUUUCUGUAGCCCCUGAGAAUUACUUGGCCUUAGAAACACAUGAUUCUCAGUCUCUAUCAACAUAUCCUUCUGAAGAUGAUGUUGAGAAAUCGAUUGUUUUUAAUCAAGAUGGUACGAUGACGGUCGUGAUGAAAGUUCGAUUCAAGAUAAAAGAAGAAGAAACUGUUAAGUGGACAACGACUGUCAAUAGAGCUGGUCUUUCUAAUAAUGAUGAAAAGAAUAAGAAAAGUAGUUAUCCUGGAAAAACAGAUUAUCGACCAUCUAGUUUAAAGCUUGCAGCAUGUUCGUUGCCUGAAGACAUCGUAGAUACCACUCAGCAGGGCAGUUUGACACAGGAAGAAAAUACUCAAAUGACAGAGCAGCAGGCUCUGUCAUGUAGCUCUGCUGGUUGGGAGAAUGCCUCUAUGGAGACAGACAUUCAGGAAAGCCAGAAACAAGUGAAACACUUUUAUAGACCCCCAACUCCUGGACCAAGGAGAAUGAGACAAAAGAAAUCUGUGAUAGGGACUGUCACAGUAGUAUCUGAAACAGAGGUUCAAGAAAAGCAGUUUUCCUAUAGUGAAGAAAGAAAGGGUGGAGAAAAAUCUGAGUACCAUAUGUUUACACAUUCUUGCAGUAAAAUGUCAUCAGUAUCUAAUAAACUUGUUCAGAUCGGUAGUGAUAAUGAGAUGGAGUCAGCAUUAGAAAGAACAAGGGAAAGUGGACCACUCAAGUCACAGGCCAUAAAUGCUGGUGCUAUUGAAAUUACAAGUCAGAAGGUCUUAAAGAUGUGCCAUAACAAUGCUUUACCGUCUGCACCAGAGAACUCAGUCAUGGAAGAAGGCACAGACAACAGUGCAGUAUCAGGCAAAGCCACUAUCGAGCAAUUCAGAACUUGUGGUAAUGCCAAUGACAGCUUCAGUUCUACCACAGCAGAUUCAACUCUUACCUCAGUUAACAAUUAUUCAAAUGACAGAAAUGUUUCUGAGCUUCCUUCUGUAGGAUCUCCUGUACUCACCACAAGAUUUGUUAAUGAAUUUGCUCAUUGUGGUGUAACAAAACAACCAGAAAACAGAAAGAAGGUUUUAUCUUCUUUUGCCAGCAAGAAGAAGAAAAAGAAAUCUCAGCAGCGAUUGAUAACUUCCAAUGAUAAGAAAAAAGGGAUUGAAACCAAAGGAACCCCAAAUAUAGCUGGGAAAAUACACAGAGCAGGAACAACUGCACAGGAAAGACUAUUGCAAGAAUCAGACUGUCCUGAUGAAGGAGGAAGAGUUUGUGAGCAGGGCCUUAAUAUAAGUCCUAUGGUAAUUGAAUCAAAUAAUUUUUUCCCCAAAAGUAAUCCCACAUUUUCUAAGAAUUUCUAUAAAAAUAAAUUAAAUACUUUUCAAAAUCCUAAGACUCAAAAACUUUUAGCCAAAAGAAAAUCAAGGCCACUAAAGAUUGUAAGCACAGAAAGACUCAGAAAACAAGAGAUUGGUCAAGAAGAUAAAGUACUUAUCCAUAGUGACUCGAAACUCUGUGAAAGUCAUUUGGAAAAACAAAGUUUAUUUCAUGUGUUUAAUAUCCUUGAAGAAGAUCAGAAAGUUUUGCACAGACCACCAUUCCAAAUGGAGAAAGUAACUAGAAAUUUGAAAGGAAUGGCAAAAAAGAGUUUAGUCCCAAAAGUCAAUGAUUUACACAUAAUGUUAAGAAACCAGAAAAAACAAAUGGGAGUUAAAUUAAAGUUAGGUGCUAAGGUAAGUGAACAGCUUGUUACAACCAGGGCAGAUCCAUUAGCUUCUUUGAAAAAACCUGAUUUUCCUGAGGGUAUUCCCCAUCAUUCAGUUAAAAGCUAUGUACAGCGGUGGUUGCAGAACGUAAACUCAUAUCCAGAUUUUGAGCAUAGAAAGACCGGUCCACUAUGCCAAAAUAGAAGUGAUGUGGUAAAUUACAGCAGUAAUGGUUUUCUAGGAAAUAACCUCCAUACAACUUCUUCAAAAGGAAAUAGUUUUUUAAUGGAAAGUAAUAAGAGCAAAACUAAAAACGACAAUUGGUCAGGCAAUACAAAUCAAGAGAUGGGUAAAUCUCUUGUUGCUAAAGAUAAUGGUGAAGAGCUCAAUAAACAUCCCUGUGAGAGCCAGAAUGGGUCUCUGUAUGAUUCCUACUUGGUUUCUUUGCAUGACAAUUGUGCUUUGUCACAGACCACUAUUCAUGAUCCUACUACUAAACAUCAUUUAUCUAUUGAAAAGUCAAGACCAGAAGUAAAGCUUGUUUACCAAGAAAUGAACUUUGCUACAAAAAGGCAAAGCAUUGAAGUUGCCAUUCAGGUAGAUACUAUGGGAGAAAAUGUUCUAAAAGACUACUUACCAGCCCUGUUGCUACGGCACCUGGAAGCUUUUGUUCCCAAUAAUCAGAAACAUCAGAAUGGAAUUUCUCAAAUACCAGGUUCAUUAGCAGAGGUUGUCUUCCCUUCUACAAUAAAUAAUUCAUCCACAAAUCUCCUUCUGGCUUGGCUUUUGGUACUAAACCUAAAGAGAAAUAUGAAUAGCUUCUGUCAAAGUGAUGCUCAUAAGAUGACCAACAGAUCUUCAGAAACAGCUGCAUUGUUGGAAGUUCUGAAGCAUGUUGCCAUCACAGAGGAAGCUGAUGACUUGAAGGCUGCUGUUGCCAAUUUAGUGGAAUCAACCAAAACUUGCAGUGGAUCCAGUGGGAGAGAACAAGAUAUGGUACCAGUAAAUUGUACAGCAUCCAGCCUUCAUAGUGUGGACAAGUGUAAUGAAAAUGGGAGUGCUCAGAAGACCCUCUUGGAUGAAAGCUAUUCUGUCAUGGGGGAUUGUAUCUCAGAAAUGGUUAGCAAGUCACCUAACUCUUCAUGUGAGAUGCACAUGGUGAGCAUAACUAAUCCUCCAAAACAGGUAGAUGAGCAGAGUGAUGGCCUUCUUACUAGCAAUAGUUGCACUGUGAGUCAGCACUCCACAGAGGCCUGUUUCCUUACAGAUGGGGUGUGUUCCCACAAGGCUUGUGCUCAGAAGAAGGGUAUCUAUGAGGGAGCUUGCCUAAGUGAUGAGACUCACAUUCCUAUCAGAGACUGCCAUACAAUUCACUCUGUGCAUUCAAAAGAAAACAAAUGCACUGAUGAUCUGGAAUUAACUGAAGAACUCAAAACUGUUGACAAAGUUCCUAAAGGUCCAAGCAUUCUGGCAGAUUCUAUUUAUAAAGAUGACUCCAAUGUAUCUUCAUUUCAAAAUGUCAAUAAGUUAAGUUCCCAACGGACGCGCCUAAGUAAAGCUUAUCUAGACUCUGAUAAGGACUAUAGUCCUCUAGAAGAAUUCCAAAGUUGCCCACUUAAGAAAAUUGUGAAUAAAAAGAAAUCUAUUUCUUCUGAAAAGGAAGAAUCAAGGACUUCUGAGGAACCAGGGUCAAUAACCAAUAGCAUGACAUCAAGUGAAAGAAAUGCCAUUUCAGAAUUAGAAUCCUUUGAAGAAUUAGAAAGCCAAGACACAGGUAUCUUCAAUAUGAAUGUAAGGGCUGAAAGAAAGUCUACCAAGGAAAUGAUGCAAAAUCAAUCAGAGGCUAGGAUGAGUUCAGAAUUGAUAAACGUAUCAGGGAGGAAUAUUAUAGAACAGGAAAGAAGAAAUACUGCCAUUCUGGAGACAACCGGUAGGGGGCAGGUGACACCACCAUCUUUAGCUUUUUGCUACGAUUCUAACAAAAACACUGAAAAAGAGAUCAGUGAAAAAGAAACUAAGAUGAGAGUUAAGAUGAUGGUAGACAGCAUGGAAAAUGAAAGUUACUCGGAGUCCUCACUUAAUUUUAAAAAACAUCACAGAAGUCCAGGAACCUUAGACUGGUCAGACUAUAGAUCAGAUAGUGAGAGUGGAUAUCCUUGUAAAGCAUCCAGCAAUAAUCACAAUGAUGACUCUGGCCAAGAGAAAGAGCCCACAAGAGGAAUUGUUAAAAGGGCAAUAGAAAAGCUUUAUGGCAAAGCAGAGAUUAUCAAACCACCAUUUUUCCAUGGGUCUAUACACAAAUCUCAAGUUUGUCCUUAUAAUUCUGUGGAAGUUCAGUGCGCUAAGAAAACCAGUUUUUAUGAGUCUGAAUGCCAGUCAUUGGUCUCUUCUGAACAGGUAUCUAGAAGUCCACUCAUGUUGCAGGAAUUCCAGGAGAAAAGACAAGCUCAGGUUGAUGCUAAUGGCAUGGGAGACAGUUUUGGGGACAGCAGCAUAGAAAAUGUUACAAAAUCAAGUGCUCAUGACAGGGUCUUUAUGGAAAAAGAGAAUGGAAAACUGAUUGACAAUGGCAAAUGGCUCCUGAGAGAAAAUCAUUUGUGGCGGGUGUCAUCUGACAAUCCUGGCAUGUACGGCAAUGCAGACACCACAUCAGUGGAUACUCUAAUAGAUAGGAACAGCAUUGAGGUGCCAUAUUCACAUUUUGGAGAGCUGGCUCCUGGUCUAACAAUGGCUGAAUUGUCCUCUUCAGAAAUAGAAGAAAUGACUCAACCCCUUGAAGUGAAAUGCAAUUAUUUUAACUUCCCUCAUGGUAGUGACUCUGAGCCUUUUGGUGAAGAUUUUCCAGAUGCACAGAAUAAAACCUGUCCCAAAGAGAAAAUACCCAAUCAUCACAAAGAGAAGGGUAAUCAUCCAUCUGAAAGAAUGUGUACAUCUGUUACUCAAGCCUUUGCUUCGGCUGGUAAUAAAGUCCACCCUGUCUGCAGUGACGCUAUUAAAACUCAGCCAUUACCUGGAAGUAACACCACCCACGGAGCACUUCAGGAAGGUGACUCUUUGGAUAAACUCUAUGCUCUUUGUGGUCAACAUUGUCCGAUACUAACUGUUAUUAUUCAACCUGUAAAUGAGGAAGACCGGGGAUUUGCUUAUCGCAAAGAUUCUGAUAUUGAAAAUUCUUUAGAUUUUCAGUUAUGGAUGAAAAUAUACCCAUUUAUGCCACAGUCAAAGAAAGACGUAUUUAGAAGUGAUGGCAGGAAUGUGAGUGUGGGUGAAGAAUUUGCUGGUAAUGUCAUUGGUGAUCUGUGUGAUCAACUUUAUUUCAAAAGCAUGAUUGACUUAGUGGAUAAAAGAGCUAACUCUUUAAGGAAGGAAAUUAAUUUGAAGAAAUUCCAACUAUAUUUAAAGAAAAGCUUUUCAGAUGCUUUGUCCACAUCAUUGCUAGUGGUGGAGAAUAGGAAUUCUGUUUCACUAAACCCUAGCAAUUGGACAGAUAACUUCAAAAGUAUUGAUGAGAAUAACAACUUCCUUAACAGAUUACAGAACUCAAGAAAAAAUCCCAACCAAGUAGUAAGAGAGAACACCAGUUUUCAGUUCCACUUAGAACUGUUCGGUCAAGUUUACUUGUUAGAUAUUUGCCAAGUUGAGAUACCCUUAAAUAGCAAAACCAGAAGUAAAUUAGAAAUGUAUUACAUUUUAGAGGGUGAAGUUCUUUUCAUCUGGGAAGAAAAAAAAUGA